AAUUUCGAAUACCUAGAUAGAGCAUAAUAGAAAGCCAAUGUUCUCAUGGUUUUAACUUUUAAAAUAUGUAAGUUUUUAUAAUAUGCAAUUGUGAUUAGAAGAAGAAGAAUAAAGCAAGAAAGAAAUAAGUAAACACUUGAAAGUUGAACGUGAUUCAAAAGGACGUGAUCUUUAAAAAAGUGAGAUUAAACAAAAGUUUUAAUUAUUUGCCUGUUUUUUUCAAGCAUCUCUUCCCCACCCACUCUUUACAUUAAGGAUCAUGACAAUAGUUUACUAACUUCACUAUGAAAUUAUCAACAUUUUUAUCUUUAUAAAAAAUCUUCAAAAUUACAUCAAAACUUUAGUUAUAUGGUUAUGUAAUUUUUCUUCCUCGUUUAACAUUUUUUUUUGUUUGAAUAGUUCCCAUCUCGCUGUCUCUUCUUCUAGACCCCAACCAUCAUUCCAGAAAUGACUGGUGAAAGUCAAGAAGCUCUCUAGUCUCUUUCUCUCUCUCCAAGACAAUUAACACCAAAGCCUAAAGUUGUGUUUAUUAGUUCUCUUUUCCUAUGUUUUCAUCAGCAAAGCAUCAAAGAAACCACAGAGUCUCUGCUCCAAACAAGAACAAGAUUCUCAACAAAGUUCCUUCCAUUUCAUCCUCAUCAUCUCCUUCACACUCUCAAGUCACCAUGGAAGAAGUUUGGAAAGACAUAAACCUUGCUUCCAUUCACCACCUUAACCACCACAGCCAACAUCCACAACACAACCAUGAGCCAAGGUUCAGGAGCCAUAACCAAAACCCUAACUCCAUCUUCCAAGAUUUUCUCAACAGACCUUUAAACCAGGAACCAACCAUACCCACAAGCCUCAGUGGCGAUACCACCACCGUCACUGCUCUCUUCAGCAGCUCUCCUUUGGCACCUCCUGCAACUGUUCUGAGCUUGAAUUCCAGUGCCUGCUUCGAGUUUCUUGAUAACCAAGAUCCUCUUGUUACCCCUAACUCCAAUCUGCAUAGCCACAAUCACCUCACAAACGUUUGUGCAUUGGACACCCCUUUUGAGGCUCUGGUUACAUCCACUUCUUUUGGUAAGAAAAGAGGCCAAGAGUCUAAUGAAGGUUCAGGGAAUAGAAGACAUAAGCGUAUGAUCAAGAACAGAGAAUCUGCGGCUCGUUCCAGAGCUAGGAAACAGGCUUAUACAAACGAGUUAGAGCUUAAACUUGCUCACCUGAAAGCAGAAAAUGCAAGACUCAAGAGACAACAAGAUCAGUUAAAAAUGGUGGCAGCAAAUCAGCAACCCAAAAAGAACACACUUCAAAGGUCGUCCACAGCUCCAUUUUGAGAAAUCUACAUGUCCUUUAUUUCUCUUUUGGGGAUUUGAGAGUCUUUCAUGAAGAAGUGAAAAAAUGGAAAAAGUUUAUUAGCUAUAAGUAACUAAGGUAUUUUUGUAAACCUAAGAUAUUGCAGGGGAAAGAACUUGGUAAAAAAAACAGAAAGAGGAAAGGAUCUUUGUCUUUCUAUUUCCUAAGGCACAGGAACACCUGUCUUGGGCCUCUUUCCUCUUGUUCUGUCAUUUUCUUAUGCACUAACUUGUAUUUUUGUAGUAAUGCUACUUCCUCUUCUAAUGUUAGUUUGAAUUUUUUACA